CAAACAUGGCAGCGCUCAUGUACAACGUGAGUCGUGGGUUUGUUAUUUUAAGGGAACGUAGUUUGUUAUUGAGAGGACAUAAUCAAACCUUGGUGGAUUCGAGGAGAUAUGUCCGAGCUCUCCGUCGGAGACCUGUGGCGGUUUUAUAUCCUGACGGUGAACGGGAAACACGAAUUAUAUCAAAUGGAGCAGCCGAUAAAGUCGAGCAAAAGCUCUUCACACAGAGAGGCAAAGACGCUGAAAAGAGUGGCCAUGGGAAAUUCCCCAAAGAAAAAAUCAACGAGAGAGCUGGCUACAAGAAGUUGAGCGCUCAGGUCUCUAAAUCUGUAGACGAGUCUCUAUACACCAAGGACAAACUUGGUGGUCUGCGUUUCGAAAAGGCUUCUGCAGAGGAUAAGAGGCUCGCGAAGGUGGCCAGUGUGGCCCGCUCCAGAGUACUUCGUGACCAGGAGGGUAAGGUGCUGCUGGAGGGCAGGCGUCUGAUCAGUGAUGCUCUUGCUGCUGGUGCGUCUCCUCAGAUGCUGUUCUUCAGUGCUGUGGAGCGGCUGCAGGAGCUUCCUCUAGAUAAACUGCAGCAGGCCAAGCUCAUCAAGGUCAAAUCUGAAGGCAUGAAGACCUGGUCCGAUCUGGUCACACCACAAGGCAUUAUAGCUAUUUUCUCAAAACCUGAUGCCUCCCGUCUGGCAUUUCCAAAGGCGACAUGUCUUCAGUCGGUCCCAUUGUUCCUGAUUUGUGACAAUGUGAGGGACGCUGGUAAUCUUGGGACUAUUUUACGCUGUGCAGCAGCUGCAGGAUGUGAUCGUGUUCUCCUCACCAAAGGUUGCGUGGAUGCCUGGGAGCCAAAGGUUCUACGUUCAGCAAUGGGAGCUCAUUUCCGUCUACCCGUCUUCCCUAAUUUGGACUGGGAUGACAUUUCCAAGCAUUUACCGAAGGACGUGAUCAUCCAUGUAGCAGAUAACUGUAGUCAUUUUACAAAAGGUACCGCAUCAGAGGCAGUUCCUGGAAAAACAGAAAUUGGCACUUCGGAUGAAUACAUUGAAAGUGACUCUGAAGAGGAGUCAGAUGAUGAACUUUCACUGCCGUGCGUGAAGCCUCAGGUUUACCAUGAGUGCUGGGUUCAGAGAAGCACGGCUCUGAUCAUUGGUGAAGAGACACAUGGAUUUAGUCUGGAAGCUCUCCGACUGGCUGAAAAAACAGAGGGUAAAAGACUGUUUGUGCCCAUGGCUCCAGGAGUGGAAAGUUUAAACUCUGCAAUGGCUGCUAGUAUACUGCUGUUUGAAGGCAGGAGGCAACUUUUGAAGUGGUCAGACCAAGUACGCAGAAGAUCAAAAUAAAAAAA